AUGAAUUCUACCGACGACGCCCCAGCACCGCAACCACCACCACCACCUGCGACGGCAAACACGACAGAUACACUCCCGCCCGAGGCGAUUGCGCUGGCAUCGAGGUUCUUCGACGCGGCGCGCCACGGCCAGCUGGAUCUCUUCGAGCAGGCGCUGCCGCGGGGCUUGCCGGCCAAUCUGACGAAUGACAAGGGUGAUUCUCUGCUCAUGCUCGCCGCAUACCACGGCCACGCACCGUUAGUCUCGCUGCUGCUCCAACAGGGGGCGGACCCGAACCGUUUGAACGACCGCGGCCAGUCGCCGCUCGCGGGCGUCGUGUUCAAGAACGAGCGCGACGUUAUCCGUGUCUUGCUUGAGGCUGGCGCCGAUCCGGAAUUGGGCCAGCCGAGCGCGCUGGAAGCUACGAGGGUAUGCCUGUUGUCUCUUUUUUUUGGAUGGGUGUGUUUCUGUGGUUCUGAUGAGGUGCCUGCAGGUGUUUCGACAGGAGGAAUAUGA